ACUAUUUAUUGUUUAUAAUAAUUUACAAUUUUCGCAAAAAUUAUUCAGUACUAACUAAACUAUAGCAGAGAAAAUACCAAUAUUUCCUAGUUGCUACGAUGAGUAUUUAUAACGAAGACGAAUUAGUGGCCCCAUCAUGGAUUAAUCAAGAGUUUUUCGCAACUGUUCUAAAAAAAUAUGAAAAUAAUGAAGAUAUUAAUAUAAAUAACCUUGAUAUUAGCCCGGCUAGCAAGAAGGGCGAUCAUUAUGCCAGUAUUAUGUUUAGAUGUCAACUCAGCUAUAGUAUUGCUAAUUGUUCAGAAUCUAAACAAAGGUCAUUGGUUUUAAAAACAUUGCCCGAUUCGGGUACAAAAGCAGAUUUCUUGCAGCAAUCAAAAGUAUUUGAAACUGAGAUCAGUAUGUAUACAGAGUCAUUACCGAAAAUUGAGAAAAUUUUAGCGGAAUGUGGAGAACCCACAAAAUUGGCGGCAGAGUAAGUACUCGUGUAGGAAUAUACUUACUA